UGAAUGAAAUGACAUGAUGCAUAAAAACAGGCAGAGCAGCAUCCUGUAUCCUCUGGAAUUCUAAAUCACUUCCUCGCCGCUGAUUGGCUGUUGAGUUUUGACCCUUGUUGGGAUGGACCUGUUGGAUAAAAGGAGAAUUUCUAUCGGGAUCAUGCGUAUUGCGCCGUGGAUGCCUGUGCACAAGGGACCGACUCGUAUGUGAAGAAGGGAAUAGUCUCGGAGGCAUCAUGACGGGAAAGGAUGGGGCUGUUUUGUCGGAAAGUUUGAACAAAUCAAAAUCAGUGUGUGCCGCUGAGAACGGGAGAAAUAACAAUCCACAUCUGUCAAAGAGCAGCACCACACAUCCGCACAAAUGCACGGGCUUCGGCAUCCAGGAGAUCCUGGGACUAAAUAAAGAGUCGUCCUCGGCUCCGCGGAGCACACUGGACUCGUUCCCUGCCGGGGCGCACCUUCUAGCCAGCAGGUCGAUGCUCGGUCCAGCGGGUGUUGGUGUCGGGAUCGGGAUGGGGAUGGGAUUAAUUGGCCCUGGAGGUAUUCCAUCGUUCUACAGCCAGCCCGCGUUUCUGGAGGUGCUGUCAGACGCGCAGAACGUCCAUCUGCAGCCGCUCAACAGGACAGUGGGACCGCUGGAAACGAACCAGUCUGCAAGCUCAGAUUCAGAGGAUGUCUCUUCAAGUGAAAGGAAAAUAUCAAAAUCUUCACUGAGCCAGAGCAAGAAGAGAAAAAAGCGACGACACAGAACAAUAUUUACAUCUUACCAGCUGGAAGAACUGGAGAAGGCAUUUAACGAGGCUCAUUAUCCGGAUGUGUACGCCAGAGAAAUGCUGGCCAUGAAAACCGAGCUGCCCGAGGACAGAAUACAGGUGUGGUUCCAAAAUCGGAGGGCCAAGUGGAGAAAGCGGGAGAAGUGUUGGGGUCGUAGCAGCGUGAUGGCUGAAUACGGGCUCUACGGUGCCAUGGUGCGUCACUCCAUCCCUCUGCCUGAGUCCAUACUGAAGUCUGCUAAAGAUGGCAUCAUGGACUCCUGUGCUCCCUGGCUUCUAGUUCAAGAUGGUUUUCCUACCACCAGCUGCUUUUCUAAACACGAAUACCCACCAUUCUUUGCAGGGAUGCACAAGAAGUCCUUGGAGACUGCUGAAGUCCAAUCAAAUGAGAAGUCAGAUGUCACUCAGAAACCGACCAAUCCCAAGCCGGAUGAGGCCGAGGCUAAGGAAAGGAGGACAGAGUCACCCAAGUCCAAAGAGGAACUGAGGGAGAACAGUAUUGCUGUUCUCAGGGCAAAAGCACAGGAGCACAGUGCCAAAGUGCUGGGAACGGUUUCCUCUGAGAGACUAGAGCACAAAAUGGAGAUGUCGGUGACAGAGGAGUCCAGCGAACGGUUAGACACAAAAGAAGAGGAAAAAAGUUCUUAGAUUAUGCACUGUAAUUCUUCCCUACGUAAUGCCAUAAAACAUUGGCUUAGAGUGAAAAUAUCUGGGCUAUUUUCUCUUCCCUUCCUGCACUGUUCCCAGGACAGCACUGGACUUUGAUUGAUUAUCAACGCUCCUCUGCAUUUUAUUUCACUUUAGCAAGGACAAAACCAUUUAGACAUUUUCAGUAUUUUGAUAGUAGCAUCAGUCCAUCAUGCCAGUGAUUAAUAGCUUUUUUUCUUUUCAUAUAUAUAGGCUUACAAAAAUUCCAGCCAUA